AUGCAGUUUUUCAAACUUGUCGCUAUCCUGGCGGUCGGAAUCACGGCCAUCGCCACCCCAAUCAAGCAGCACGGAACCAUAGUCAGGCCUCACGGUGCCAUCGGUGCUCAUCGUGGCCGCGGUUGCGAGUCUUCUGAUGAUUCUGACUUGAUUAGUGACGCUGACUCGGGUUACGACUCUGAUCGCUCAGUCACCAGUCCUUACACUGGUUGA